AUGGUAUUACAAAGGGAAAUAGGUCUGAACUGGGUGAGUUUAACUGCUCCUGGGAUCUUUGGAAUCAGAGAAAUCACCGUUGAAUUUGCUUGCCGCAAUAAAGCCGGAUUGACGAAGAAAUCCUUAACCGCACUGAUCACAUCUUGUCCUACCAGAUCCCAAGAAGUGGUAAAGAAUUCGGCAGUAAAACCAUCCGGGCCUGGGGCCUUGUUCUUGGGCAGGGCAAAAACUGUGUUUUUUAUCUCUUCGUCUGUAGGAAUCAAGGAGAGCUUGGUGGACAAGGUUCCAUUGCACCGGAAAGGGUGA